ACUUCCCUCCUCCGGCCUCUGCAGCUCUGGUCUACUUUCCAAGUUUUCAUUUCUGUGUCUCUCUCGGCGACACAGAGUGAGGCGGAGACCGAUUCCACCGUCAUGAGUGAACACGAAGAGACCAUUGGGGCUGAAAAUGAUAGUAGCAAGCGUAAGCUCGAAGACAGUAUUCAGGUUGCCAAGCAGAGAGCACAAGAACUCGCCUCCCGACUCGUCACCGACGCUGAGUCCAAGCGUCCUCGACUCAGCGACUCCCCUGACCCCUCGCCUCUCCCAGCUCCCAUCCCUGCCCCUUCUUACCCUGUUUCUUAUGCUGCUCCGCCAAGUCAGUAUACAAGUUUACAAGGCACAACUAAGAAAAUCUCUAUUCCAAAUGGAAAGGUUGGCGUGGUUAUAGGGAAAGGAGGAGAAACUAUAAACUACCUUCAACUUCAGUCAGGAGCUAAAAUCCAAAUAGCAAAGGACUCAGAAGUUGAUCCUCAUUCACUGACAAGGGAUGUAGAACUGAUGGGUACUUCAGAACAAAUUAGUAGGGCAGAACAGUUAAUCAAUGAUGUAAUUGCGGGGGCAGAUGCUGGGGGUUCUGCUUCCUCUACUCAGGGUUUGAAUUCAAUGCAACCUGGAGCUAACCAGUUCGCAAUGAAAGUUCCUAACAACAGGGUUGCUUUGCUCAUUGGCAAGGGUGGUGAGACUAUAAAGACUAUACAAAGCAGGUCAGGUGCUCGUAUGCAGAUUAUCCCCCUACGCCUCCCUCCUGGUGACACAUCAACAGAGAGAACAGUAUAUAUAAAUGGUUCAGAUGAGCAGAUUGAGGCAGCUAAAGAAUUGGUUGAUGAAAUUAUUAGUGGGAAACGAAUCACUAAUACAUAUGGACCUAGCAGCUACAUGCAACCAGCAUACCCUCCUCCCAGUAAUGUGGUCUCACAAGGACAAUUUGGACAACCUGGCGCACAACAGCAGCCACAAUAUGGAUACACACAACCUGACGCACAGUUUACAUCUCCAUACUACAGUAACUAUUCCCAACCACCAAGUGCUAGCCUGCCAAACCCAUCAGCUGUCUCUCAAACAGCACCGCAGAGCACUGGAUAUGGUUACUAUGGCCAACAGAUUCCUGCAGUGUCGACUCCAUUCAAUCCCAGCUAUAGUUACAGUCAGGCACCACCAGCUGAGGGCAGUGGUUAUGAUCAGGGCCACAGUCAGCCAACUUAUGGGCUAAAUGUCUCCAGUGGUACUCAUGAUCAGCAGGCAGCAUAUGCAGCUUCAUUUUAUGGACAAACUACUUCCUCGACUGAUGGAGCAGUUUCCUUGCAGUCUAAUAACCCGUCAUAUCCAUAUGCGCAGGCUUACAGUCAACCAACAGCUAACCUUCAGGCUGUAUAUUACGCUCCUUCCAGCUUCAUGCAUCCUCCACCUGCUCAAACAGGCUAUGAUCAAACUUACUCCCAGACAACUUAUGGAGGUUCGCAAGGAGUCCCAGCCCCUCCACCCCAAUCACAACCAGUUUAUGGGCAAGGUGGAUAUACCAUGCAGCCACCCCCUGCACCAGAAAAUUACUAUCAGGGUACAAAUCAUCCUGAUUAUGGGCAGCCACCAGCAGCACCAGAACCUUCAACUCAAGCUACUCAACCACCCUUGAACGGGUCUUGACGGCCAUCAGUUGGUGCAGCUGAAAUUGUCAGAUGAAAAUUUGAAUCCAGGCCGUGAUUCAACUUCUAGCCAAGGAAUUGUUCAUUCUGAAACCUGAAUUUUGGCUGGUAGUUUUUGUUUAGUAAAAAAUAUUAUUGGACAUAGAAUGUGAACCUAGGAUAUCUUCCCUUUUUGACAAGGGAGUAACUUACGAGCAGCCAACUCCCUUGGAAUUGCAAAUAUAUUUGCCACAAAAGGAUUUGCAACAUAAUCAUUUGGGUGC